AUGGUGAAGGCUACGGCCAUCAGUCAAUGCAAUGCGCGCUUUGCCAGUGAGCACCAUGAAGGACUCGUGUGCGUCUUUGCCGGUGCCACGAGCGGCAUCGGCGCUGGCACGCUCGAGAGGAUGGUAACGAUGCUAGCUAAAUCCACCUUUUAUGUCGUGGGGAGGUCCGCGGCGCGUUUUGUAAGCCAACGUGCGAAGUUGGAAAGCCUUAACCCAAGCUGCAAAGUUGUGUUUCUUGAAGCCGAGUUCUCGCUUCUAUCCGAUGUCGAUGCCGUGUGUACGAAGAUUAUCGCCGCUGAGCGAAAGGUGGACUUCUUAUACAUGAGUCCUGGCCUGGUGCCUCUGAACGGACCUGAAUACACGAAAGAGGGCCUCGAAAUGUGCUUCGCCAUUUCGUACUACUCCAGGAUGCGGCUCACUUGGAAUCUUCUGCCACUCCUUCGUCAGUCCCCACGGCCGCGAGUCUUAACUGUGCUCAACGGCGGUAGGGAGCAGCCUAUGCGUGACGAAGACCUCGGUCUUGAGAUCCCGCACCACUGGGCUACCCUCGCAGCCAUAAACCACACCACCACUAUGACGAGCCUAGCCUUUGAGCACUUGGCCGAGAAUGACAAGCGGAUCACCUUCGUGCACGCCUUUCCUGGUUGGGUGAAAACGGACAUUUUCUCCCGGAUGACUGCGCCAGAGUCAUCUGGAGUGACCUGGAAGGUGGUACUGGCAUUGAUCCAAGGCCUUGUUGCAAUAGUGAACCUAUUUAUCGGCAUAUCAGCGGCUGAUUGCGGUGAGAGACAGGCUUUUCACCUGACCAGUGAUAUAUACAGUUCAGGCGCUUGGCGUGUUGAUCAGUUGAGCGAGCAAGUCAUCACACCCGGCGUGCUAGAGCAAUAUAGAGAACGCGGUUGGCGUGAGAAAGUUUGGGAGCACACAAUGCGCGUCUUCGAGAAGGCCUUGGCCACGGAUACGAGGAGUAACAAUAAGCCAACCUAA